CAGUCGGCAGAUACACUCCGACAUACCUGUACCUUAUCUACGUACUUCUUAGAGCUCGUGACAUGCCGGCGACGCCGCUUGCUUCCCAAUGAAAAAUGCAGUGCUCCAAAGUGCUGCUUCCCAGACUUCUACGGACGUUCUUGGUGAUAUCUAACUCCAUACGGCGUGUUAGAAAUGGGAUAAAGACACGAAAAACGAAGGAAGACAUCAGCGUACGACCGCACAUUACCUCCAACGAAGGAGCUCUUCCUCGAGUACUUUCCCGUGUUCCUGUCACCCGCAGGACAAAAAUCGCCCCACGGCCUUCUUCAAACACCGAAAUGACCUCGCGGUGAUUUGUGGACGUUUCUUUCUCUCCCCAAUGGGCCUAAUAGGUAUUGGCUUCCCUGUCGAAAUGUCGCCCCUACCCAACCGAACGGAGCGGUGAUGUCUGCUGGCUGAAGACGAAACGCCACAAACGUCGGCCAUGAGAGGCUUCCAGAGCUUCCCAAGACACGCCCUCUUCCUUCUUGCCCUUCUCGCGUCUCACGAUGUCACUUUGUGUCGCCCCAGCGGAUCGGAUACCGCAUGGGGUUCCAGGAUCUCUUCUUGGUUUUCGAAGUCUCCCGCGAACAAAGAGGUUACACCGACAGAAAAAAUGUCGAGUCACGCGUCGACUACAUCAACGUCCACGACGACAUCGCCUUCUACGGAAUACACGAUACAGAAACGAUCUGACGAGACGACAACGGAAGUUACGUCAAAGUCUGCGUCUGCUGUGCCAACAGUGGGUGGGAGAGAGAAAACGGAAGUCGAUGUGCAGCUGGCUAAUUCGUCUUCGACUUUGCCUGUAAACUUAACGGCGGACGCAGACACUCAGACUGUGAUAUCGACGAAGAACUUGUCUCGUACCGCCAACAAGUCACUGGAUUGCCAUGGUGCGGUAUGCGGGGAAGAAACAGCUGUUACUUCUCCUACGCAACCAGGGACAUUAACGGAAAUCUUAAUGCAUUCUUCUACAACGGCAGCUAUUGAUUUGCCCGCUGUGCAGGAAAAGGCAUCGACAGUAGAAGCAGCAUUGUCGACAAGUGGCCGCUUGACAUCGCCAACAGAAGGUAGCGCUACGGUGGGAACGAUUUCAUUGAUCGAUGAAUCGACGACCUCCAAAAGUAGUAGGGGAGGGAACGAGCGAAGGAAAUCGUCCCUCUCUAGGGGGAGGAACCGUAAAAAUCGUCUUCCCACCACGUUAAAACCCGACAAGAGGAAAUCUGUCGCUAAGAACACAAAUUCCAGCAUAGAAGACGCAACAAAAAGCCCGGUAACGCAUCAAAAUGAUCCACCGUGGAACUUUGGCCCGAGUGUUGAUCCUGAUGACAGAGCUAAAAAGAUCAGCAGUGACUCAGUCGUCAAGAAGGUGCCACCUUUGUCGACGUCGUUGAACAAGAAAUAUCGGGAAAUGCCUUAUGGAACCGUAUUCUUCUGGAAGUUUGGCCCUAACUUGAAAGAAGCUAAGAAACAAUGGGGUGCUGCCUGGGAGUACCAUGCGUACUUGUUAGGAACUCUCUUUGCUCUGCUCGGAACGUUCAGCCUAAUCAGUCUGAUACAUCUCAGAUGGUCCGACCGACUGUUAAACAAGACUUACCUUGUGGCUAUCGACAUCAUGAUUCUUGUAGCCGCUUCUUGCAGGUCUGUGUUUCUGUUGUACGAUCCCUACGAUGUUACAGGGAAAUAUCAUCCAGUUACGGCCUACCUACUCUUCAAUAUUGCCUACCCUUCACUGUCAUCGGCGUGUUCCGUCAUGUUCCUGGCUUUGCUAAACACGACAAAGGUAAACCUGCUCCCUCAGAAAGUCCAGCGCCCUAGUAUCCUGGCCACGGUUGUCGUCUUUCACUUCUGUUUCUCAAUUGCGUCGGACAUCGUCGUUGGGUUCUUCUCAAAACCUAUUACGUUGAUCUUAGCUUGUCAAGUAUUUUUCCUCAUGUGGACCUUUCUCCUGAGCAUCGCGUACUUCUAUGUCUUCCAGCAGCUCUUUAAGGCAGCUCUACGGAAACAGAGUGAAAUGAUCCGAUUAACCUUCACGAAGCUUCACAUCGACGGAGCUGAACUCCCUAGGAGACUUCCACGCCCAACUCUUGCUACGUCAGUUAAAGUCGCGUUGAUUACAGCAGUACUAGCGCUCGUCAUGACAGUCUUGCAAACCUAUGGUCUUGUUUCCAUCUACAGAGUUCCUCCACAGCUAAAGCCAGACUACUGGUGUUGGUGGGGAUUUCAUUUCGCUUCAAGGAUCUUAGAAAUCGCCAUGUGCGUGACAAUGUUGUAUAUCGCGAGCCAACCAACGAAACACCACGAGAAUAGUGACGACACCACGCCUUCCUAUUGGAACCCGUGCAACGCCUUCAGGCGUAAUAGAAACAAAGAUGUACCUGAUUUCGAAACAUACGCGAACCAAUACGCAGCGCAAUACGGAUUUCGAAACGAAAACUUCAACACGUCACUCGACUCCUCGCGUCCAUGGGAUCCUCUCGGUCCUGAGUUGACGCAGAGCUUUCAAAACCCAGGAGCAAUUCUGGCAGCUGAAAGAAACGACGAUAAUGUUGCGAUGACUAACAUCCCGAGACCCUCCAUUGUACAGAGCAAUUCGACUGUGAGUCAUUCUUUGCUGUCUGCGAAGCAAUCGAGGAGUGGAAAUCCGAGCACUUCCACAGAUGGAAGAAGUACAACUUUGAAAACGGUGGGAACGUUGACAUCAGUAUCCGAAGGAGGGCGUUCGACGACGUCAUCUCGUCCGCAAUCGAUGUUGUUCAAAGAGAAAGGCUUUAUCCGUUUCCGUAAAGACGACGAUCCGGAGCAACCUCUCGACGUAACUGACGAGGAAGAAGAAGAAGAAAGCGACUCCCUCAGGGCCCACAUGGGGUCGAGUAUCCACACCCUGUGCGACGACGAAGACACGGCUCAAGACUGCUUGUCACCUUUCUUUCACGGCUGCAUGAACCAGGCUCUUGCAAAAGGCAUGAGUGGCUGCAGUCUGGAAACCACAGAUUUGUCUUCGGACCAACUGAGCAACGUUACCAGGAACGAUGGUCUUUCCGGGAGUGCUGUCUUGGAUUUUCAAGGGAGCAGGCGGUUUGGCAGCACAUGCAGUUCAGAGAGUGCGGCGAAUAGCUUUGACGUGGCGUUCUAUUUGGGCGCCAACGCCAGGCAUCCAUUUUGCUGCCCUCAUCAUAACCUUCAGGAAGACACCAGAUUGAGAACUCGUCACGACAAAAUCUGCGCCCGGAGUGUCUCUCCCAUCAUCUGCAGAACCGCGGCGCGACGCUUCUGUGACCCACACCAUAUGAAGCUCAACCUCACACACGGUCACACUAGUCCAGGCGUCGUAAACGCAUCCUGCGGCACAGAAGACAUCACCCCGGACUCCGCGGUCUACCUCGACCUUCACCUGUCACCAGACGAUGUGGGCCAACCGAACUUCUCACAAGAGCAACCUCUCCUGACGUCCUCCUUCCGCAGGAGAUCGUCCAUAAGCCACUCUCUGAACGACCUUAACAGGACUUCGGCGCAGAGCAGUGGUUCAUCGACGAGGUCGCGGAAGGCUUCAAGCCGAGGGUUUCUGAACAGGCUACGGGGUUCGACAUUCUCGCUCAACGCGAGCCUCAACGGGUACGAGCCUUUAGAAUCGGAUGAGUGUUCAACCUACUUUUGCGGCGCGUCGUUAGGGAAAGAGACGAAAGUGCGCAUUAAGCGGUCCUGCAGCGACGUUAGGCCUAGGUCUGCUCUUGAGACACGGAUGGCCCAGAAACGUGCACUCAUUGGCGAGCUUUGCCACGGAGACAGUGGAAUGUUGGACGCGGCGGACCAAACGCAGCGAGUGGACGGGUGUUCGCAGACUGACCCCUGCGUCAUCAGUGACACAUGUGGUGACGUCGCCGGUGUGAAGGAAAGGAUAGUUCCCAUCGAGGUGUGACGACGGUGUGAGACGGGGCGUGUUUCUUCGUGUAGUUCUUCACCUCUUCCUAUUAACUCCUCGCAUUCGUCAUUCGUUCCUUACCAUCUAAUCUUCAGUUCUUGAACGACCUAUAGUGAACUGGGCCGGAGAAGCGGACAGUGGCUAUGAAUUUAUUCUUCCACAGGACAGAAAGAAAAGUGCGGAACACUGUGUCGAUGCGUAGGGCGGGCUAAUGCCUGCCGACGAGUAAUACCUAAUUCACAGAGCUUUCAACUGGUACGGCAAUGUAACAAUACUGCUGGGUGCAAGUAGUGCGCGCUCAUGGCGACGGACCGCUUUAGAUCUAGUCGUCCCGGACAUAACGAACUUUAAAAGUUAUAUGUGAAUAAGUGCGUUUAUUACAGUGCCAAUGACCGUUGUAUCCGUACAUCGUUAUAUCGGGAGCGCUUUAUAAAUUAUAAUUCUUAAUUAACGAGACUGACGAGAGAACUAAACUAAAUACGAUAGUCGUUGUCGUAUUCUAACAGUCUUGGAUGUCAGGCAUGUCCGGCAUUGUCUAAAAAAUUGGAAAGCAAUUUGAUUGAAGGAAGAGGCGAUACAUUAUAGCUCAUUAUUGCGUCGCUUUAUGUCGAAAAGAAACUCGUUGUUGGCAGAACCGAUUCUUCAAACGCCAAUAUAUUCGUGACUGCUCAGUACUCUUGUGGCUUAGUGGAGCACUCUAGCAAUUUUCGGCACCUAAAUAUUAUGCGCAUAUUUUUUUUCUUCUUUUGCCGGUGACUAAACAUACGCCGCUUGAUUUGUAUAUUCAGUAGAAUGAACUUUGAUCUUUUAGAUAACCCUUAUCUUUAGACAUCUUUAGAUAGAUUUUAGGGCAAGAUAGGUUCCAAUGUGUCUUUGUGUUCAUUUUAUCUUCAGUACGAUGACCUUCCUUUAUCCUGGACAACUUUGUGCUUCAUUCUCUAACAAAAGGACACACUGGUUGUUGUCAGAAUGCUCCUUCAAGAGAGAGAGAAAUACAUGAUGAAGCCUGCA